AUAUUAUCCGGUUGAAUUUAUAUAAUUGGUCUAAGCGGGUUGCAAUUUUUUAAUAUGCUUUUUUCCAGUUGGUCCUAACUUACUUUGCCCGUUCAAACUAUUAUGUUAGAUUGGUGAGUAAAUAGAUCACCCGCGGUGCGGAUAACGUGAUGGCUAAAGUGGGGGGUAGGAACCAAACACAGGUAUAAUAUAAUAUUAUAUGAUUAGAUCAUUAUGUUAUAUUAAUGGAGACGUUUUUCGAUAGUAUGUCGCGAGGACCAGAACAAGUGACGUUGGCGGCGGGGCGAGAUAGUGCGAAUCGGUCGGCGUCGGUGGCGGGUGUGCGACAGUGACAAUAUUAUAUUAUAUUAUAUAGGUACUAUAGCAGUAAUAUUAUAUAUUUUUAUUUUAGUGUAAAAGCGACACGAUAUCUGUAUUCGCAUAACGUAGUAUUUUCUGGCAUCGCGUGUUAUUCGUAGACGACAAUAUUAUAAAAUUUGUUUUAAAAUAUAUUGUGUAAAACAAAACGUUAUCGGCUAGUGUAAUCGACCGUGGAAGUACGCAAUGUAUGAUAUAAACACUACAAUAUUAUACCCGUGUACGCCACACACGACAUAAUAUUAUUUCCGACUGUCCGAUAUAAUAAAACGCCCGUCGAUGGCCCGAAGUGUUUUCAGAUCACCGCGCGUCGUCGUCGUGGUCGCCGGUCAACAGCUUCAUCAGACGACGGAGGACUUCCAUCGAUCGCAAGACGGUGCAGCUAAUGAGACGAACAGUGAUUAUUAUUUUUACAAACAGAUAUCGGCGAAACCUAAUAGCAAAAUGAAUGAUCAUGUGGCUCGGCUGCGGGUGGUGCAAGAGGUGUCAUCUCGAAACAGUUCAGCCAGUUGGAAUAGUUCGUGUACGUUUUCAACCGAGCAGAGUUUUCAAGAUCAACCAAGACCUCCGGUGUACAACGUAGAAGACUAUGCCGGAUCCUUGCGAAAAUUUGGAAAGCGAGGGCCUGCGUCUGACGUUAACAAUGGUGACUCGUCUGAAUCUAAAGAAACCGAAAUGACACUAAAAGAAUUCACGUCAGCUACUGAGCUACUGGAAAAACUGAAUUCUGAUCUAAAACUUGCAUAUUUCAGCUUCGUACAAGAAUUCGUCGGUGACCCAAUAGACGGAGUCACGCUGUUGCUGGAACUCCUGAAAACAAUCCAACAAAACGGCACACAAACCAAGUGCACGCCAGCAAACCAGCGCCGUAUCGCAUUAGACGAAAACGCGUGCCUGCAAUGUUUGAAGUAUUGCAUGCGCUGCCAGGAUGCAGCUAGAAAAUUGGCGAUAUCUCCUGCCGGACUGUACACGCUUGCCGCGUGCAUCAUGAGCACUGUCAAUCAAUCUCGUCUAUUGACUCUGGAGUUACUAACCAAGGCAUGCUGUGAAUCCGGUACGGUAGAUGGACACAAUACGGUUUCGGAUGCGAUGAGUACGAUGCGACUUAGAUUUGCUGAGCCCGUCAGGUUUAGAUUUUUAGUGGGAAUGAUGUCCGGUAGCGGCAGUUCCGGUAUGGAACUGCUGUUGGCUGGUUUAAAGUUUAUUAACGCCUUCACUGAAACGUGUCCGGAUCUUCAGACAAAGUUUUAUGUGCAAGCCGAACUCAAACAAGCUGGCUUCAAACCUGCAGCUAUAUUAAAAAAUAUUUCCAACAAAUCUCCACUAUUGAGCUCCGUCUCUGAUGAGAUAUACAGGUGGCAGAAAAAUUUCAUAAAUGUUGAGUCACUUAAAAGACAGCACGACGAGGUAAUAAGAGAAGCUAAGUCUCUUAGAGAGAAAGUAACAAUGCUAGAAAAAAAAAUUCACAUUCUCCAAGAAGAGAAACGUGUAAUUUCUUCACGCAAAGACCACGUGGACAGCUCACAAAAAAAUAAAAUUGAAGGUGGAGGCAAUUCUGCUGAAGACGAAGGUAUCAGUUCUUCCGAACAAGAUGACUGCGAAGAAGAAGUGUCGGCAAAGAAAGUUAAGGUUCCCUAUAAGAUGUACAGUGUAUCACAAGGUGACACGACCAUCGAGGAAGUGCUCGAAGACUUCGACAAGGUUAUAAACGAUGCGUCCACCGAGUCAGGUGAUGGGCGGAAGAUGUCUUCAGUAAGCAGUGACAACUCCAAACGGUAUUACGAGUAUUCUGACACAGAUGACGUGGUCAUCAUUCCUACUAGAAUCGUACCAGAACCACCAAGGCGGUCCAGGAGCCUAUUCAUGAAUAAAAAUUUUGAAGUCAACCCGUUUUUCGAGGACGACGAAGAGAGCAUCGAUUCCGAGUGCGCUUACGAAGAUGAUGAUGAUGAGGUUAAGUCCAAAAUAAAACGGAGCGAAACAUUUCAUUCGGUCCAGAAACAGAUAAAACGAUUUUCGGACCUGGCGCUGAACAGCCACCGCGUGGAGGACGAAGAGAAAAUCAAAGACGGAGGCAGACGAAAAUCGAUUUACAACGUUUUCGGUAACGCGUCCGAGGCGGAAAACUCGAUGUAUGCCAACAAUAGACCAGUAACGAGGUCAGUGAGCACCAGGAACGUCAAUGAUUCACGGAUACCCGUCAUUAAAUUCGACCACUGCAAGUCUGAAAGGUCCGUAUACUUACCAAUGGGCUGCAGGGUCACUAAGGAACCCAAGGUUUUCAUGACCCGGGGCCACAACAACGCAGGAUUGUAUUCCGGUUAUAAGGACACCACCGCCGCCGCCGGAAAAGACUCAAGUCCAAAGUGCAAGCUGAGUACGGGUGGUAGUUCAAACGGCUUGAAAGCGCUACAGCACAUUAACAUGUCUGUUUCCACGGGGAAGCUCUCAGAUUUCCCAUCGGGACUCUAUUAGACUGAACAUGUAGAAUACAUCUACUUUAUAUGAUAAUUUAUUAUUAUUAUGAUAUUAGGGUUAUUUUAAGGCAUUGGCGUUUCAAAUUUAUAAUAUAUUCCAAUAUUCCAUUAUAUUAUUAUAUAGAUUACUCGUAUAGUUUAUUAAAAGAAAAAUACACCGACAAUUUUAAACAUAGUGUCGUUUCAUUGAGACCAUUACGCCUAAAAAAUAUAAUAUGGGGUUUGCCGAGUAUAAUUUGAUUUGUUUAUCAAACAGUUAAAUAUAGUUUUAAAAUAUAUGGUACAUUGGUAUAUUGGUUAAUAAGUACAAUAUUGAUUACCGCUUGACUGAAUAGCAUCUCUGUAAGCAUUUAUGUAUUUUGGCUUAGAAUUAUUUUUAUUAUGCAUAACCUUAGACGGAACGCCAAGUAUUUCUCUUUUACAAUUUUCUCCAAAGGUAAAAUUUAGAUUAGAUAUUAUGUAUAAUCUAUAAGCAUAAUAUUCGAAUGUUUAUAAGCUAAUUAGUUGUAUAAGGUAAAAUGUAAAAUACAUGUUUUAGAUUAUUAUAAAAUAUUAGGUUAUAAAUAUUUUCAUAGAAUUUUCAUACGAUUUUACGAACAUAUUUUAUUGUUUAAAAUCUAUAUUUAGUUUAACCUUUAAGAUUUUUACAUUUAGUUCGAUAAUAACAAUCUCGUUAAUUUUAGACGUUAAGAGCCUACCUAUUGAAAAGUAAGUGCAAUAUUUUGAAUUAAAGCAGUAAUAUAAUGUUUAUAUUAUACAAUCUAUUUGUUUUAAUUGCUCAAUCAUCCUUAAUACAACAUAAUAUAAUUGUUUAAAUUAUAUGUAUUGUUAUAUUUUAGUUUUACGCACACAUAAAUAUUAAUUUUUAUAAUAUGUGAAAUAAAUAAUCCAUGUAUUUAUAAUCCAAAUACUUCAAUCUCAUAUUGUAAUAAUUAAAAAUAUAUAUAUAUUAAUUAAAAA